UCGCUAACGGUCGUCGGUCGCGUGAACUUUGGCCACGAAACGCGCUCGUCAAGAGUCGUACACAAUGGUAUGUACUGCCGAUGUAAACRUGGCGUGAUACACCCGGCUGGCUUUUUUURWAUUUUUUUUGUUUGGUCGGGAGGGUUGAUAUUUGGAGAUUAGAAACACGCAAGCUCGCGAACCUUUGCCACUGACGUCGUGCAGAUCGGAACCAUUCCUCGGACUGGUAUAGUGGCGUCAACCUAAACGAAACGAUAAUAAUAAUAAACUCAUAUGAAAUUACUACCACUCACGUGGUCGCCGAUUUUGUAGCCGUACGAUUAUUUGUUGUACAUGUAAGACCGGUGACGACGAAGACGACUUGCCGAUCGACGAAAGGCUGCGGUUGUGUGCGUGCACGUGCGUGCAGUGCAAGCAGAUCGCAAUCCGCACCACAAUAUAACAUAACCACAGAUUUGAAAUAAUAUUAAUGAUCAUUCCGUUUUCCGACAAGCCGGCGAAUCCGGAAGCUUAACGAGGCUGCAGUGGCCUGCCAAUACACAGGCACGGAGACUGUGAUACACGUGCGUUUCACUCUCGGCACGUGAUACUAUUAUAUAUAUUAUUACUAUCGGUGUUCCGAUGGGGUGGACGUUACAACAGCCCAGGUCCCGUCAUUUGUUAUUGCUAUUCAUAACGUUCGUGUCAUGCAUCACGGUCGUGUUCAUCUCCAAGUCAGAUACCAGAGAUUUAUACGAUCACAGUUCGGUGACGUACAAGAUGGCGGAAAUGGAAAUGCGCGUGGAUCACUUAACCAGAUUGUAUGAGCUGAAAGACAAAGACGUCCAGCAACUAAUAAAGCAUUUCAGCUUGGUUCUCAAAACGAUCGUKAAGUCACUGAACGUUUCUGUUUCUGAAGACAUAGAAUCCUUAAUGGCAGCUUACAACAAGUCCGUUGAAAUGRUCAGGUCACCGAUGGCACAUUUUGAUGUGUACACAUUCCUACCCCAUCUACGUUCCCACGAGAAUUAUUUGAGGCCUUUGAUAUUGCAUUCCGGAGGCAGAAAUUCAGUGUCAAUGGUAUUUGGAAUUCCUACUGUUCGUCGCCAACAACAGACUUACUUGAUACAGACAUUGAUUAACAUCAUAAGCAAUAUGAAUCAAACUGAACAGAAAGAUUCGUUAAUAGUAGUUAUGAUUGGCGAAAUCGAUCAGGAAUACACGCAACAAGUAACUGUGGAAAUCAAAAAUCGGUUACCGGAAGCAAUGAACUCGGGUCUCGUAGACAUAAUCGCUCCAUCCCCAGAGUACUAUCCAGAUUUCAACAAGCUUCGCAUUACACUCGGUGACUCCGAAGACCGGGUCCGAUGGAGGAGCAAACAAAAUUUAGACUAUGUUUUCUUGAUGAUGUACUGCCAACCGAAAGGAUCGUUUUAUGUCCAACUCGAAGACGAUGUAGUCGCAAAGCCUCAAUUCCACACAAUUAUGAAAAAAACAGCUUUGCAGAGAAUAGCCGACGGACAAGAAUGGUUCAUAUUAGACUUUUGUCGACUAGGUUUUAUUGGCAAAAUGUUGAGAUGUUCAGAUUUACCGUGGCUGAUACAAUUCAUCGUGAUGUUUUAUAACGAUAAGCCGGGGGAUUGGCUUCUUGACGGAAUGAUGGAGACAAAAGCUUGUAAUCUUGAAAAAGAUCUCAGAGAUUGUCAAAAACGAAAAGACGAAAUAUGGGUAACAUUCAGGCCGUCUCUUUUUCAACAUAUUGGAACCAGGUCAUCAUUGAAUGGCAAAAUUCAACUGUUGAAGGACGGUCUUUUCAAGAAAAGUGUCAAUGUAAAACGCAUAAAUAAGAUCAAAGGAAAAUGACCUAUGGCAAGGUACAGGUUACCUGUAGCGAAAAUCAAAAAAGAUUACAUCAAACGAUGAUGAUAUAAAAAUAAAAAUGAAUCGUCUGUGAUUGCUCGAGUGAAA